AUGCUCACAACAGCGCCAGCCCAUCAUCUCUGUGGAAACUGAUUGACAGACUGCAUCAAUACCAUUCAAAGGCAUGGAUUCCCUCAUUGCCGGUGGUGAAAAGUUAACAUUUACCAGAGUUGACCACUUCUCUGGUGAUUAUGAUGGGGAUGAUAAUGAAACCUACAGUGACACGUGCUGUUCUACUGGGGGUGUGUGCAGCAUGGAGGAGGGCAUGCGUUUUGACGCUGUGUUCCUCCCCAUAUUCUACUCCCUGACACUGGUUCUUGGGCUGCUGGGCAACGGGCUGGUACUUUUGGUUCUGGUACAGAGGAGGCGGAGCUGGAGCGUGACAGACACCUUCAUUCUGCACCUGGGCAUGGCCGACACUCUGCUGCUGCUUACGUUGCCACUCUGGGCUGUUCAGGCCGCUGGGGAAUGGAGCUUCGGGACCCCCCUCUGCAAGAUCACUGGAGCCAUGUUCACAAUCAACUUUUACUGUGGCAUCUUCCUGCUGGCCUGCAUCAGUCUGGACCGCUACCUGUCCGUGGUCCACGCGGUCCAGAUGUACUCUCGCAGGAAGCCCUGGAUGGUGCAGGCCAGCUGCCUGUCCGUGUGGCUCCUCUCCAUCCUCCUCUCCAUCCCCGACUGGCACUUCCUGGAGUCUGUGAGGGACACCAGACGAGACAAAGUGGAGUGUGUUCACAACUACCCGUCGCUCUCCCAGUCUUGGUUUGACUGGCGCCUGGCCUCCCGCCUGCUCUACCACAUGGUGGGCUUCCUCCUCCCCUCUGCCGUGCUACUCUUCUGCUACUCCUGCAUCCUGCUGCGGCUGCAGCACGGCUCCCAAGGCCUCCAGAAGCAGAGGGCUGUCCGGGUUAUCCUGGCCCUGGUGCUGGUCUUCUUCCUCUGCUGGACGCCCUACAACAUCACCCUCAUGGUGGACACCCUCUACUUCAGCAACACCCUGGUGGACACCUGCGAGAGCCAUAAAGCCCUGGACAUCUCCCUGACGACCACCUCCUCUCUGGGCUACCUGCACUGCAGCCUCAACCCCGUGCUCUACGCCUUCGUGGGGGUGAAGUUCCGCCGCCACCUGCUGGACAUGCUGAGGUCCCUGGGCUGCAAGCUGAAGAGUGGAGUCAGGCUGCAGACUGCCAGCCGGAGGAGCUCCAUGUGGUCUGAGUCUGGAGACACCUCCCACACCUCUGCCAUCUAUUAAGGACUUAUCUCUCUAUCCCAAGGUCUCCCAAACUAUGUCCUAAGGACCCCAAAUGGUGCAUGUUUUGUUUUUUGCCCUAGCACUACACAUCUGAUACAAAUAAUCAGCUAAUCGUCAAGCUUUGAUCAUUUGAAUCAGCUGUGCAAUGUUGGGCGAAAACCAAAACGUGCACCCCUUGGUGUCCGAGGACCGAGUUUAGGAAACGCUGCUCUAUCCUGUUGCUCUUGAGUUGUUGUUGACUCAAUAAGUGGAAUAUGAAUGUGGCCUUCAGCCCACUCUAGCUUCCCCUCCAGCAGAUUGGACUGGAGGGAAGGUUGUGAGAGCCUCCGUGUUUCACCAUCAUCUUUUCCCAAUAGAGCGCUUAUAAUUAUUUCCUAUUAAAGAAACUCUUUGUAAAGAAUGGAGCCUAUAAUGAAGUUACACAUAAGUAAAUCAAUCAGUUGUACACACUUUAAAAAUAAUAUUAACGUGAUUACAAAAUUAUAUUUCCACUAUAAAAAAAUAUAUAAAACAUUUCUGAGUAUGAAAAUACCUUUUAGGUUUUAAUUUUGUAAUUUAUAAUUUUACUUACCUGCUUCAUGUUUUGUUAAAUGAUAACUGGCAUAUGUGCUCUGUUAUAGUUAAUGCAUUUGUUAUUACUGACACAUGCAAUAAUUUGAUAUGUUUUAUCAUAACAAAAAUGCACAGUAUCCUAUGACAGGUUAGCAUUUCAAGGAAACAUAGUGAAAUUCUGAAUAAAGUUAUAUUUGUUAUACUAUCGUUCAGAAUCUCUGUCUUUUAGUGGUUGGUUAAUAGAUGUUUGUACACCAAAAAUGAAAACCCCUAGAGGAAGCAAGACUCAGAUCAGCAUAAGACACAGACACACCGCCACCAAAGGCCUUUUCAGGAUGAUUCAACAUCACAGACCAAUCAUAGACAUGUAUUGAUAUCUAUGAUUGUCUGGCAUGUAGACUGGGGAAUUGUGUCAGCUCUAUACAUCACAUUUCUAUCUGCAAACAUUCCGAACAUUCCACCUCACUGAACACAACAUGGUAYGCCUGCUGGUAGCCUAGCGGUUAAGAGUGUUGCACAGGUAACCGGAAAGUCGCUGGUUUGAAGGUUACAUUUUUUUUGGCAGAUGUGCCCUUGAGCAAGGCACACAAUUGCUCUGGAUAAGAGUGUCCGCAAAGAGAUAACAUAAUUACCCAAGUUCUCUGUGGUUUCAGCUGAAAAAGACAUACUUUUACUGUAGCAGGAAGCCAAGUAAAGCUUACCACCAUGGGGUGACAAAGCUUUGCACCAAAGGGCUUUGCACACAAAACAUUAAAUAUAACACAGGAGUGAAGAGCGAUAUGAGAAGUCACCACCCAAGAUGACGAAGAGACAGUCUGCCUCUCUUCCUGUCCCUUCUCUGCUUCACUACAGCAUCUGUGCACCUAAAUGUUUAUUCUAGAAGGACAUACAGCAGCAACAAAAACUUUCUCUAAUCUUUUUCUCAUCACUUGUUCCAUUCAAGAGCUUCAUAAGCACUUCAGCCUUUAGUAAGCUUUACUUAAUCAU